AUGGAAGUUGUCAGCAAAAGUGCGGCCGCAAGCACUCAACUUGCGCUCACUUCUGCACUGCGGUUUGCCAUGGCGACGAGCCUUGUCCCCCGUGCGAAGAACCUUGCGACGUACUGUGCAGUCACUCUAAAUGUACCAGGAAAUGCCGGGAGCCAUGCACCCCAUGCGCAGAAGAGCAAUGCUUCUCCAGAUGCCCACACAGUGCGUGCACGAUGCCUUGCGCCGCCCCGUGCAACCACAUUCCGUGCUCCAAACGGUGCGACCAGAAGCUGCAGUGUGGUCACCAAUACCUGUGGAAGCGAAGAAAUCAAACACCAGGUUGUGGACUUUAUACUGGGUGAGACAUACGAGAACAUCAACCUGGAUGAGAAUCCGUGCAUUUUCCCUCGGUGUGGUCAUUUCUUGACGAUGGAAAGCAUGGACGGGCAAAUGGCCUUGCAAGAGCACUACGAACUCGACGAACAAGGAAGACCUAUGUCGAUCAACGAUGCGUCGCGCCCGUUCUCCAUGGACGAUAUCAAGACAUGUGCCACCUGUCGUGGGUCACUGAGAGAUCUUGCCAGAUACGGUCGACUUGUGCGUCGAGCGCUCCUCGACGAAUCCACCAAGAAGUUCAUCCUUUACCUGAACCGCGAAUACGUUCCCCUGGAGGAGGAACUCGCCCGACAGGUAAAACUAAUGCAGGAAACAGACGUUGCAGGUAGAAAAGGACCAGUCUGGCCCGACCAUCUGCAACUCGAAGGCUCAAUUCAGCAGAAUGUCAAGACAAUGACGGAAUUAGUUCAACAUACAUCCCCUGGCCGGUGGAAGGAUAUAACCAAGCUCCGCGACAAGGUCGUCGCCUACCGCAAACGAGUAGCCUUGGACGAACAGCCCUACGACCGCGUCCGCAGCAUGGUCGAAAACGCCAAACGAAGGAACAAGACCGACGGAGACUUUGACUUCGACAACACCAUCCUCCAAUCAAAGGGCGUCCUCCUCGCAACGGCCCUGAACCUCCGUCUCGACAUCGCCCUGCUAACUGAUUUCCUUACCGUCAAGGACCGCGGCUCGUCACAAACGGGCAAUAUCACUAUCUCCCUCAACCUACAAGACGCAAGAGACGAGUGCUCCACACUCAUAAACCUCGCAGACGUGUCCGGCCGUAUCCGCCAGCAAGCAGAGGGCCACACUUUCCUUGCGCACCUCCACGUCCUCGAAAGAUCCCAGACCCUUUCUUCACAAGCUGCGGAGACACACCUUCAAGAAGCGCAGGCCGCCGUCGCUCGCGCGCGGUCCCUCUGUACGCAGCACCCAACACAGACGAGGGGGCUUCUGCCCGAUAUAGAGGGCGUUGACAAAAUGCUCCGCGACUCGACUUUUUAUGCAGUGGUGACGAACGAGGAGCGCAUGGCGGUGGUAGCGGCCAUGGCGCGCGAGUUCCAUGGCACGGGACAUUGGUAUUACUGCCGGAAUGGACACCCGUUUACGAUCGGGGAGUGCGGUGGUGCGAUGGUGCAGACGGUGUGUCCUGAGUGUGGGGAGCCGGUUGGGGGGAGGGAGCACCGGGUUGCGGAGGGGGUGGUGAGGGCGGAUGAUUUGGAGGCGCCAUUUGAGGGAAUGCAUCUGUGA